AUGUCCAACAUGGUGGCGGGUCUCCAUGGAAACAACAGCAAGAACUUUCUUGUCAAUGACAACCACCUCACUGGUGGCAUGAACCAGUUUGAAGCGGCGUGGCUUCCUUUCAAGCUUCUGCCGCAAAAGUUGGCGGAAAUCCAACAGCGUAACUUGAUGCUCACCCAGAUUGUCCAGCAGCAAGCUCAUGACAUUUCGACCUUGGCGUCGCAAUUGGAAACGGCCAUUCCUCAGAUUGCUUGUCUCGAGCAGCAGUGGCUUGUCAUGCAGCAGCAGCAGCAGCAGCAGCAGCAGCAGCAGCAGCAGAAGGUGGUCCUUUCGCCGCCAGGAUUGCCGCAACCAACGGCCAUGGCCAUGAUGGACGACAACAACAUGGAUCGAUCGCUCUUGCCAGUGCAGGAAGAGGAGGGUAAGAAGGAUGACACUCCCUCUUUGAGUGACAAGGAAGAACCGAAAGACAACAACAAGCAAGAAGACAAACAUGACGACAAACACGAUAAGAAAGAGACGGGUCCAAACGACAACAGCAUCGGCAAUGACAACAAGACAGCCAAUGGGGGAGAAGCCACCAAACCUGCCGUGGUGGAAAUCCCUGCAAAGACGAAGAAUCCAGCCUCCUCCUCUACCAACAACAAUACCAACAACAAGAACAAGAACAAAAACCAGAAAAAUGACAACAAGAACAAUAAGGAAAACCAGAAAAAUGAAAACAACAACAAAAACAAAAACAAAAACAACACACCAAACAAGCGCAACAACACUCCCAACAAGAACAAGAAAAACAGGACACCAACUAGCAACAUGAGCACCCCAACACCCAUCAAGAAAAGCAACCAGAAAAGGAAGAAUGACGAAGUCAAUGCGAAGCGUGCUACGAGUAGCCCUACCAGUGUGGCCCUGGUUCCGUCCAACUUCCCGCCUCCUCUUUCCAGUCCCCCACCAGAGACUCCUCCCACAGCGGCCAAGCAGACGCAACCAUGGACCGCCGCAAAGCAGUUUCUAUUGGAAAUGGGAUAUGCACAAGUCGACGUGGAAGCAGCCCGAGAUGCUAUUGGCGAUUUGACCGACCAUCAAAGUGACAAUGGAGCCUAUGUGGAUGCCCUCAUUACUUGGAUUGAAGAGCGUCAUCAAAGCAACAAGACGUUUUGCUCCGAUACCAGCUCCAUCACCUUGUCCUCGGCCCCGUCGUCGGUCCACGGCGACCCGAAACCAAUCUCCGUUGUGACGACGACGACACCCAAAAGAGUUCGAACCAAGCGCAAGUCCAAGAAACCCUCACCCAAGACGGCAGGCAACAGCCCCACUCCGGAGGAGGAAGAGAUUGAACGCAUCAGUCGCGAGGCCGAGGAACGGGCUCGCCAAGAGCGCUUGAUGGAACGGCAAAAGAAGGAUGCCGAAGAAAAGCAGCGAGUAGAAGAGCAGGCACAUGCCGAGAAAGCCCAGAAGGAAGCAGACUCCAAGCAGCUUUUGGACUUUUUCGAGAGUCUACUAGGAGAGUGCUAUGACAAGCAAGACACUCUCCGUGCCUUUUCGGAAGGGGGUAUUUUCUCGCUUCAAGACGUGUGGAAUCGAGCUACCAUCGAUGCGGAUGCCAGUGCCAACGAGUGGAACCAGAAUGGGGUCGAUGGAGAUGCAUUUCUAGCGGCACUUGCGGCUGCCUGUGGCAAGGUUUACCGUCCGCAUCGUGUCACGAAGGGGGGCGCAACUGAUGGACAACGGACUGAGAGUGUCGCAGCUUCUGCAGCUUCCACCUCGCCCACGAAGAUGCAUGGGAUGCCAAAGGAGGGCGACAACGUCGCAGAGAAGUCGUCAGAGCCUGUGCCUCCCAGAAAAGAGCCCAGUGGCGUUCCCGAAGACCGCGGGCUCCUUUCUCGGUACUUGUUUCCUACUCCGCCUUCCGCGAGCAAGACGCCAGAGCGAGAGAUCAUUUUUGAAAUGCUGCGAGACCCCCAGCAAAUAGAGCAAGGCAGGAAGCUGCUGAAGCUUGAACACAAACUCGGCCGAGAAAAGAAAGAACUGGGAACCAGCCAUAAGGAGAAGGCUUUGCUGGAAGGGAAGAUCACAAAGCUGCAGAAAGACAUUGCCGAUUCCAAGUUGGCUCUCAAGGCAAAGAUCGAAGCAAUAGAGCGACCUCUGUUGAUCGCGGAGAACGAAGCAAAGCAGCUUUAUCCGAAAAAGUUCUAUGAGGGGGCAGUUAGUCAGUUCACUGUCUUUGCCCGACAUUGUUUUGACAAGCGGUCCCAAGAAAUCAUAGAUGCGCACGAGCGAGCGUGCAAAAACAACAUCCAGAUUCUAGAGGCCGUUAGCGAGAAAGCAAACGAUACAACCAACAAAGUCGAGACAGCCAAAGACGAAUCGCAGGUCGAGCAAAAACGCAUCCAAUCUGAAAUCGAAAAGAUCAAGGAAGAAUCUAAUAAGUUGGACAAGCGCAUCGAAAUCCAGAAGAAGUUGACUGCUGCCAUUAGAAGAGAUCUGAAACAAGACAAGGGAGUAGAAGAAGACCCACACUUUGAUAUCAACGCAUCAAGGAAUCUGCAUGGAUUAUCUUUUCUUAUGAUUGCUGCACAAAACAACGACCUUGACACCGCAAAACUUUGCAUUCAACUGGGUGCGUCCUUGGAUGUCAAGUGCCCACGAGGAUUGACUGCAUUUGCCUACGCUAAGUAUCUCGAGAAUCCAGCAAUGAUCAAAUUCUUGGAGGAUUCUGGCGCAAGUGCCACCGAGAAUUGUAUUGGCAUGGAAGGUAGGAAGUUGUCGUCAGGGGCUGUUCGUAUGUCAUGGGAAACGACACUGCGCAUUGCAGAGCGAGCUUCCGUGCCUGCGGAUUCCGAGAUGCCCUUGCAUGUAACUGGAAGCUUCGAUCUAUUGAAGGAGACCGACACAGAAGGGAUUGACACCUGUUGCUUUGACGGCUCUUUGAGCGACCCAUCCGCAUGCACGUUCGCGCGUGUUUUGCUCUUCGACACGUAUGUGUGGGAAUGGAUGAAGGCAGCGUCCAAGGCUGAAAUGUCGAGCCUCCUUGGCGUCGUGCAAAGUCUUCGCAGCGCCCACCCAGUCUACUAUCGUAGUUUCGUUGUUGGAGUAAAACGCCAAAAGCAGUUUGCCGUGAGAAUGACACAGAUUGCUGUGUCCGACGGGACCGAGUCAAGUUCGGACAGUCACAUUGUAUUGUUUUACACGCCGUUCGUCUCGAGUUACAUCGAGGGUGUCUGCAACGUUGGAGUGCUGAUCUGGGCAGUGGCAAGAGCAAACCAAGAUGUCAACAUUUGCAAGCAUAGAAUUGUGACGGCUGAAUUUCGCAGGCACAAAGUUGACAAUCCCGACGAUCACUUCCCUCCUCGCCGGGACUAUGUGCUUGAGCUCGGCAAAGACAUGCACCUGCUAGAUCUGAUGGGGCAUUCAGUCGCCGCCGGAAACGUGAUGACAAUGACGCUAUUCCAAGUCAACGUUGACGAGGAGCUGGACGCACUGAAGCAACCCUCUUAUACGCCAUCACUACGCAUGCUGCACCAAGAAGCAAAGCUCCGCGAUGCGCUAUUCAAACAGGAAUCGCAGGAGCAGACUCUCCUCCUCCCUUCUGCGAUGCAGAGCACGAGCCUGCAAGGCGGCGCGGGAACGGGAAAGACACUCACUUUGGUCAAAAAGUUGGUUAGCGAAGCUCCCGAUACCUUAAUUCUGGUCAUCACAAGACUGCCCAAGCUCGUUGCCUUCAUGAAAUCCGAGGCUCAACAGAAACGGAACAUUGAUAACGUCGCCUUCGCGACGUACGAGGAACUGAUCAGAGACAUGACCAGAUCAAUCCAGCCCAGCGCCCUAAGGGAAACGCAAAGCUUCCCAGCUUUCUCCCGUGUGGGCUUUGCUACUGACACAGGUGUUUGCUUCAACGAAGGGUUCGUGAACCAGUUCUUGGAACCGCUGGAGCGCAAGCGUAUGGAGAAGAGUUCAAUCAUGGCUGAAGCCUUGUGGCUUCAUAUCCGCCUCAUAAAAUCCAGUGCCCUUUGUGCUACCACGAACAUGCCAUUGACUCUAGACCAAUAUCUGUCACUUCCAACUCAGUAUGGAUUCAACCGCGAACAACGGGAGGUCAUUUUCACUCUCUGCAAGCGUUACCAGGAGUGGUUGAUCCAAGAGAGCCUCCACGAUGAAGCCGACAGGGUUCUCUACAUUUUGAGUGCCUGCUCGGGCGGCCGGAGUCUUUCAUCAUCCCUAAGAGAUUCACCUUUUCCCUUCGACAUGGUCAUGGUCGACGAAGCCCAAGACUUCACUGAGCUAGACCUGUCUCUCUUCAUUCGCAUUGCAAGCAGUGUUCGAUCGCUGUUCCUUGGCUCAGAUCCAGCUCAGUCUGUCGAGAUCGGAGUCCGCAUGAGGACUGGAACAAUCAACAGAGUGUUUAACGGGGCCCUUGCACCUGACGGCAAACACCUUCAGGUCAAAGAUGUCCUUCAAGAAAUCUCCUUGUCGACCAACUACAGAACCCACGCCAAGAAUGUCAUGCUUGCAAAGGCGAUACGACGCGUCCUCACAAGAUCGUUUGGCGUGCCUGGAACGACAGAAAACGCCGUGAUGGAGGGCCCAAUCCCUCGUGCAAUGCAUAUUGAUUCCUUGGACGAACUGGCCAACGAGAACACAUUCCGAGGAGCUGACACUGUCAUUAUUUGCCCUGAUUCUGUGGUUGAUGAAAUGAGAACCAAGCUCGCAGCAUUGGGAGUAACGAAUGACGUCUUUGGUGUCCGAGAAACUAAGGGCCUUGAAUUCAAUUCCGUCGCUUGUGUUGCAUUCUUUUCGCACUGGGAGGACGAUUGCCCCCGUGAAUGGAUGAACUCUCUUAGGUGGCUAAGCAGCACAAAGAAAAUUACUGCAACGGAGAGCUCCGAGCGAGUCAAAGGCGUUGCACUCGAGCCAUGUGAUUAUUCGCUGUCCCACCCCCAGCUUGAGGACCAGGCAAGUGCACUCUAUACGGCUAUCACCCGUUGCAAGGGGCAGCUCUACCUUUGCGAAGCAGCCUCGGGUUGGGGAGAUAGUAACGGUAAGACGAGCCAGAAGCGCAAAGGCCAAAGUCUGGCCCAGUUUGCUCUUCGCCACUUGGCCGACCUCGGCCUCGUUGUCCAGGUCAACCGAAUCGAUGCUGGUGAGCAAGUCGUGACUCCGCAGCAGCACAAAGUCAGAGGAGUACAGUUGGUUGUCCAAGGAAUUGAAAUGAGCAAGACAUCCGCAAGCACUGGCGCAGUCCGAAAGAAGUUCCUCGAAGCUGCCGAACGUUUUUCUCCCGAAAAAGGCAACGACAACCAUCUGACUUUUCAGUGCAUGCAACACAUGGAGGCCAUCACAUUGAUGCGAUCGCUGCGGCAGUAUGCCAAGGAUAAGUUCUUUGUCAAGAAGAAGGGCCGGUAUGAACUACAGGGGCAUUUUGCCGAAAUUCUGCAGUUUGAGAAGGACACGUGCAAAUUGCUCAGACUAGCCGCAAACGAUAGCUUCUUGUGGGAAGUCGUGCAAGAGCACAAGAUGCUUGUCGAUGAGGUGUUUUUUGGAAGUCCCUUUCAGGUCCACUUUUGCUCUCGUGGGUACGAGACUUAG